UAAAGGCUGGACCAAAGAGGUUGGUGCAAAGCAAACCACCGAAAAUUAGAAGGAAAGUAGUUGGAGCUCUGCGCUUUAGCACACGAAGUGAAAGCCUGAAGAAAAUGGUGAAAUCGACAUCGACGACGAGAAGAGGAAGAAGGAACGGGAUUUACAAGGGCGUGAGGAUGAGGAAGUGGGGAAGAUGGGUUGCAGAGGUUCGGCAACCAAAGAGCCGACACAGAAUAUGGUUGGGUUCUUACAGCACGGCGGAAGAAGCGGCUAGAGCCUACGACGCUGCCGUGUUUUGCUUGCGUGGACCGUCGGCGCUGCUGAAUUUCCCUGAAAGCCCGCCGGAGAUAUCGUCAGCUGGGGAACUGUCGCCGUCUCAGAUUCAAGAGGCUGCUGUGAGACAUGCUCACAAGGUGGGAGUGGCCCAGAAGUCUGGGAUUGAGGGUGGGGGUUCGAUUGCUGGGUUUACAGUGGAGGAGGAUAGAAAUUUGUUGUAUGGCGCAUAUUAUCAGUAACACCAACUGACUAGUGUGGGGACCUUCUAGGCUCUUUUCAUUUUAUUUACCUAUUUAUUUAUUUAUUUUUAUUUAUUGGGGUCAAUUUAGUAGUGGUUGGUCUGCAUUCUUUUGUUUGGUUUCUGGAUCCAUAAUAAAUAAAUAAUCUUACUUCAA